UGGUGCGUUCUACAGCUUGGAGGUUGUUAAGUGUUUUAACGGGAAUAAAUUUCAGAAGCUAGAAUACCAAACAUGAAAGCUGCCGCUUUGUUCGUCGUGUUGGCUUUGGCCUUGGCUGCUGAGGCAAAUCCGGCCUGGCCAUGGGCUCCGUGGGCUGGGGCGUGGCCUGGAGCUUGGCCAGGAGCAUGGCCAGGACACUGGGCAGCCUGGCCAGCUGCUCCGAUUGCAGCUCCAGCUGGUCCCGUUGUGGCCGUUGAUGCUGCUCCAGCUCCAGUUCCGGCAGCUACAUCCGUAACGGCCAAUCGAGGAGCCGUUCACGUGGCCCCACUUCCGGGACAUGCCAUCAACCAACACCAGCUCAAUCUUGCUCCGGCUCCAGGAACCGCCUAGAACUGUCGAUCUUACCGCUUCUAUCCUAUCACGAAAAACAAAAGUCAAACACAAAACUUCAAUCAAGAGAUGUCCCCUUUCUUUCCUAUCUAUCAGUGC